GUGUGUCCUCAUUUUCGUCUCCACUCCGGGACCCCCGUGGGUUGCUAUGGCGUCGGUCUGCAGAACUAAUUUUCGAAAUUUGACAACUCAGUCUGACCAGCCAAGUCAUGAAGGUGAUGCCAUCAAAGUUUUUGUGCGGAUUCGUCCACCGGCAGAAGGCGGGAGAUUUGCUGAUGGAGAACAGAACUUGUGCUUGUCUGUGCUCUCGUCCACUACUCUGCGGCUACAUUCUAACCCAGAGCCCAAGACCUUUAUGUUCGAUUAUGUUGCGGACAUGAACACCACUCAGGAGUCGGUGUUCUCAACUGUGGCUAAAAGCAUUGUGGAGUCGUGCAUGUGUGGUUAUAACGGCACCAUUUUUGCAUAUGGGCAGACUGGCUCAGGGAAGACUUUUACUAUGAUGGGACCAUCUGAAUCUGAUAAUUUUUCUCAUAACUUGAGAGGACUAAUCCCCCGAAGUUUUGAAUAUUUGUUUUCCUUAAUUGAUCGUGAGAAAGAGAAGGCUGGAGAUGGGAAGAGUUUCCUUUGUAAGUGUUCCUUCAUCGAAGUCUACAAUGAACAGAUCUACGACCUGCUGGACUCUGCUGCAGCUGGCCUGUACUUGAGGGAGCACAUCAAGAAAGGUGUCUUUGUUGUGGGUGCAUCUGAGCAGGUGGUGACCUCAGCUGCCGAAGCCUAUCAGGUAUUGUCUGGAGGAUGGAGGAACAGACGUGUUGCAUCUACAUCAAUGAACAGAGAGUCCUCUAGGUCUCAUGCAGUCUUUACCAUCACCAUAGAGUCAAUGGAGAAGAGUAAUGAGACCGUGAACAUACGGACCUCCUUACUAAAUCUGGUGGAUUUAGCAGGAUCUGAAAGGCAAAAAGAUACUCAUGCAGAAGGGAUGAGGUUAAAGGAAGCAGGUAACAUAAACCGAUCCCUGAGUUGCCUGGGACAAGUGAUCACUGCUCUCGUUGAUGUGGGUAAUGGAAAGCAGAGACACAUUUGCUACAGAGACUCCAAACUUACCUUCUUACUACGGGAUUCUCUAGGUGGUAAUGCCAAAACAGCCAUAAUUGCAAAUGUUCAUCCUGGAUCCAGGUGCUUUGGAGAAACACUAUCAACACUUAAUUUUGCCCAAAGAGCCAAGCUGAUUAAAAACAAGGCAGUGGUGAAUGAAGACACCCAAGGAAACGUGAGCCAGCUGCAAGCUGAGGUGAAGAGGCUCAGAGAACAUUUGGCUCAGUUUACCUCUGGACUGGUCCAACCAGAAAACUUUCUUGCCACAGACCAAGAGAAGCCUAGUUACCUAGAGCAUUUCCUGGAAGCAAUGUUGUUCUUUAAGAAAUCUGAAGAGGAAAAGAAGUCUCUGGCAGAAAAAAUCACCCAACUGGAAGACCUCAACCUCAAAAAGGAACAGUUUAUUCAGUCCAAUAAAAUGAUUGUGAAAUUCCGGGAAGAUCAAAUCAUGCGCCUGGAGAAGCUCCAGAAAGAAUCCCGGGGCAGUUUUCUGCCUAAGGAGCAGGAGUGUUUGCUCUCAGAAUUAAGGCUUGAGAUCCAAACUCUGCGAGAACAAAUAAAUCACCACCCUAGAGUUGUAAAGUAUGCGAUGGAGAAUCAUUCUCUCAGGGAGGAGAACAGGAAACUGAAAUUACUGGAGCCUGUAAAAAGGGCCCAAGAAAUAGAUGCCCACACUGUUGCGAGACUACAGAAAGCUUUUUCAGAAGUGACCGGCACAGAGAAAAUCGAAGAAGGUCAACAAGGAUUUUCUCCCAAAAUUUCAAAACAACCAAAUUCGUUCAUAAACACGAAAAAGUUAAAAGCACAACUCCUGCAAAUUCAGUCAGAGCUGAAUACUUCAAAGCAAGAAUAUGAAGAAUUCAAAGAACUAACUCGGAAGAGGCAGCUGGAAUUGGAAUCAGAGCUUCAGUCUUUGCAAAAGGCAAACCUGAAUCUUGAAAACCUUUUGGAAGCAACAAAAGCUUGCAAGCGGCAAGAAGUUUCUCAACUGAAUAAAAUUCAUGCUGAAACACUUAAGAUUAUAACUACACCAACCAAGGCUUAUCAACUGCAUUCACAACCAGGACCAAAAUUAACCCCUGAAGUGGGCAAUGUGGCCUCUUUGCAAACUCAUGACAUAUUAAAUGAGCCAAUUCCGCCUGAGAUGAGUGAACAAGCUUUUGAGGCCAUUUCUGAAGAGCUUAGAACAGUACAGGAACAAAUGAGUGCUCUUCAAGUGAAAUUGGAUGAAGAAGAGCAUAAAAACCUGAAGCUUCAACAGCAGGUUGACAAGCUAGAGCACCAUUCUGCCCAGAUGCAAGAGCUCUUCUCUUCAGAAAGAACCACAUGGGCCCAACAGCAGCACGACCACCUCUCACACUUGAAUAUCCUCGGAAAGCAGCUUCAAGAUACCCAGACCAAGAAUGACUUUUUGAGAAGUGAGGCGCAUGAUCUGCGAAUUGUUCUUCAUUCUGCUGACAAGGAGCUUUCUUUGGUGAAAAUGGAGUAUAGUUCAUUCAAAGAAAGUCAGGAGAAAGAAUUCAGCCAACUUUCUGAAAGAUACAUGCAAGCUCAGCUUCAGCUCGACAAUGUCAGGUUGGAAAAUGAAAAGCUUCUUGAGAACCAAGCCUGCCUACAGGAUUCCUACGAAAACUUACAAGAAGUCAUGAAGUUUGAAAUCGACCAGCUUUCAAAAAACCUACAGAACUGCAAACAAGAAAAUGAAACUUUGAAAAUGGACCUGAAUAAUUUGAUGGAGCUUUUUGAGGCAGAGAAAGAACGCAACAGCAAAUUAUCAUUACAGUUUGAAGAAGACAAAGAAAACAAUUCAAAGGAAAUCUUAAAAGUUCUUGAAACUGUACGUCAAGAGAAACAGAAAGAAAUGGCCAAGUGUGAACAACAGAUGGAGAAAGUGCAGAAACUAGAACAGAGCUUGCUCGCUACUGAAAAAGUAAUCAGUUCUUUGGAAAAGUCUAGAGAUUCUGACAAGGAAGUGGUGGCCAACCUCAUGAACCAGAUCCAGGAGCUCAAAACAUCAGGCUGUGAGAAAGCGGAAAUCAUCAACAACCUGCAGCAAGAACUGAAGGAUAUAAAUUGCAAAUAUAACUCUGCUUUGGCUGAGAAAGAAGAGAGCAAAGAUUUGAUCAAGAAACAGGAAGCGGAUAUUCUAGACCUGAAAGAAACCCUUCGGCUGAGAAUAUUCUCUGAGGACCUUGAGAGAGACAUGGUCUGUGAGGAUCUGGCCCAUGCCACUGAGCAGCUGAAUUUGCUCACGGAGGCCUCAAAAAAGCACUCGGUGCUGCUGCAGUCUGCCCAGGAAGAGCUGACCAAGAAGGAGGCCCUGAUCCAGGAACUGCGACAUGAGCUAAACCAAACGAAACAGGAAGUAGAGCAGAAAAACAACGAGCAUAAUUUCACAGAAGAAGAAGUAGUGAUAGAUUCUGCUACCCAGAGUCCUAAAACACCCCCUCACUUUCAAACACAUUUGAUGAAAGUCAUGGAAACACAACAGGAACACGAGAUCAAAGAUGGAAGAGACUUAAAGACUUUGCAAUACCUUGUAACAAAACUAAAUGAAGACCGAGAAAUCAAAAAUGCUGACAUCCUCAGAAUGAAGGAGCAGUUGUGUGAAAUGGAGAACCUACGCCUGGAGUCCCAGCAGUUAAGAGACAAAAACUGGCUCCUUCAAGGCCAGCUGGAUAAUAUUAAAAGACAGAAGGAGAGCAGUGAUCAGAAUUAUCCAAACGACCAAGAGUUGGAGAGUGAAGAAGAUGUCAUCAGAGAAAGUCUUGCUAAUAGUAAAAUUUUUGAAGAAAUGCUGAAAAUGAAAAAAAAUCUAGAAGAAAUCCAAAAUGCCCUGCACAGCAAGGAGAUGGAAUGUCUUCGGAUGAGUGAGGAAGUUGAGCGGACCAGAACUUUGGAGUCUAAAGCAUUCCAGGAAAAGGAACAACUGAGAUCAAAACUGGAAGAGAUGUAUGAAGAGAGAGACAGAACAUUACAGGAGAUAGAACUGUUGCGGAAGCAAGUCAACUAUCUCUCAGAAGAAAAUGGAAAAUUGGUCGGUCACCAAAACCUACAUCAGAAGAUUCAGUAUGUAGUGCGGCUGAAGAAAGAAAAUGUCAGGCUUGCUGAGGAGACAGAAAAGUUGCGUGUUGAAAAUGUAUUUUUAAAAGAAAAGAGAAAAAAGGAAUUAUAACGAUCAUGGCCAACUCCUGAAGCAUCACCUGGUUCGGAGAAUUUUUUUUUGUUUUUUCACAGUUGUAAAGAGUUGAUGUAGCAGAGAAAGUAAAAGGCACUCAGGAGACUGAGCAACAGGACCUGGAAAUGAUUGUCCCAAAUUUUGUUUUCUUUCUCUUUAAAAGUAAGAACUACUCUUACCCACAGAGUAGAGCUCAAUUAAGGCCCUUCUUUACAAAAUGUGUGCAUGGUGGUCGUGGAUGACCCUUGACUUCUAAUGAGCAGUCUGGAACAGACCAGCCCAUUUCCUGUAAAUAUGGGAAGGCACUUUGUCCUGUUUGAAAUAAAGCAUGUACCUGAUUCUGUGUUAGCUCUAACAGUAGUAUAUGGUGGUGCUAAAACUUGAAGUGAGCUUGAUCCCUUGAUUUUGUAGAUAAUUUUUGUUAAUAUAGAUUAUUUUUGUAUUAUGAGCAUUUUCUAUGAUGUGGCCCAUGUUUUGAAUAAAUAUGUUUACAACAAAA